GGAAAUUUAAAAUCAAGAGCUCAUAGCACAGAUCCAAUUAUGCCAACGACUUUCACCUAAUUUUGUAGAGCUAUUAUUCGCCUAAUCCCCAUUAUAACCCAAGAUUGAGCUGAAAAAAGCAAACUUUUCUGCAAAUUCUUCUCUGGAAAGUGAUAACAUGGCCGUGAUUGAUGACUCGGAGCAAGAAUACAAACCCCAGAAGAAAAAGCCGCCUUCCGAGGAUGAGAAAAGGAGAAAGAAAAUAACGCCGGGUAGCUUGAUGAAAGCUCUGAUAAGGCCAGGAGCCGGUGAAAAAAACCCAUCUGAUGGUGAUCAGGUUGUAUAUCACUGCACAGUUCGAACACUCGACGGUGUUGUUGUUGAGUCCACUCGAGCAGAUUUUGGGGGCAAAGGUAUCCCGAAAAGGCAGGUUUUGGGUAAAAGCAAGAUGUUAUUGGGACUAUUGGAAGGCCUUCCUACGAUGUUGAGUGGUGAAGUUGCAAUGUUCAAGAUGAAACCUGAGCUGCAUUAUGGUGAAGAGGAUUGCCCUGUGGCAGUUGCCGAUGGCUUUCCCAAGGAUGAUGAACUUCAUUUCGAGAUUGAGUUGAUUGAUUUUUCUAAAGUCAAGGAUUAUUUAACUCAAAGUCCCCUAAUUCCCUCAAUUGACGAUAUUGCCGAAAUCCACUUUGAAGUGGACUUAGUGCACUUUGUUCAGGUGCGUGAUGUGCUUGGAGAUGGACGCUUAAUCAAACGCCGAUUACGUGAUGGAAGAGGUGACUUUCCCAUGGAUUGCCCUCUUCAAGACAGCCUGUUACAUGUCCACUACAAGGCGAUGCUUCUCAAUGAAGAAAAAACUGUUUUUUAUGACACAAAAAUCGAUAAUAAUGGUCAGCCAUUUGAGUUCAGAUCGGGGGAAGGCCUUGUGCCUGAAGGGUUUGAAAUGUGCACUCGAUUAAUGUUGCCUGGGGAGAUAGCUCUUGUCACAUGCCCCCCUGAUUAUGCUUACGAUAAAUUCUCAAGGCCAGCCGAAGUUCCUCAAGGUGCUUACAUCCAAUGGGAAAUUGAGCUUCUUGAUUAUGAGAAGCAAAAGGGUAAUAGGCUAUUCAAAGAAGGCAAAUAUGAACUUGCCAAGGCCAAAUACGAGCAUGUGCUUCGGGAAUUUAAUCACGUCAAUCCUCAAGAUGACGAUGAGGGAAAAGAGUUUUCAGACACAAGAAAUUUGUUGAAUCUGAACGUUGCUGCGUGUUGGCUGAAGCUGGGCGAAUUCAGAAAGUCGGUUGAAGCUUGUAACAAGGUAUUGGACACUAACCCGGUUCAUUCAAAAGCUCUUUACCGCCGAGGAAUGGCACACAUGGCUGCUGGAGAUUUUGAAGAAGCUAGAGCAGAUUUCAACAAGGAGGUUCACAAACGGGCUCGUCAACAAUUUAAGGGAUUGUUCGACAAGAAACCUGGAGAGAUUUCCGAGGUCGGUGGCCCUGAUCUGGUGCAACAGGGUCCAGGUGAACCCCAUGAAACCGAUAACCGUGAUUCGUCGGAUGGUGAAAAGGAGCAUCUUCUUGAGGCCACUGCUCCAACACGGGCGAACGUCUGGUCAAGAUUGUGGCCUGGUGGCAUUAGGCUUUUUUCGGCCCUCGGAUUGGACAGGUGUACGAUACUGUGAUUGUUGUUAGAUAAAGAGAUUCUAUGGACUAUGGAGUCAUGAAGACUCUUUUUUUUCUUCAGUUUUCCUUUUUUUUUCCCCCAUUUUAUGGGAAAAAGGAAUUUCAAGGGUCAUUUUAGUCAUUUUUGGGUUAAUUAUGCUAUGUAAAACAUAAGGGAAUUGAGAUUGAAUUAUGUAAAUCGUGAUAUAGAUUUCAUGGCUACAAAAAUU